AUGGCCUCUCGGUGGCCAGGCUUGGGAAGCUCCAUGCGCCUCAGAUCCCUCCCAGACCACAAGCAGCUGGAGGAGAGUGAAGAGCAAUCUGCAGUCUGCCACAGAGAGGCCCCUGGAGGAGGCCUAGGCUCCCUGUGCAGGCAGUUUCAAAGGAGACUGCCCCUGAGAUCAGUCAGCCUCAACCUGGGACCAGGCCCCUCUUGGAAACACCUGGAAGCCCCAGAGCCCAGCCAGCAGGGACUCCAGGCUGCAGCUCGAUCAGCUAAAAAUGCCUUGGGUGUUGUGUCUCAGAGGAUCCAGGAGUCUUACCAGAGCAGCACCAAAUGGUUGGUGGAGACCCAGGUGAGAGCCAGGAGAAGGAAAAGAAGCAUACAAAAAGGCACUAGCCCCCCAACUCGACGGCUGAGCCAGAGGAGCACCCGGAAGUCUGGCACCACUCCUACCCACUCAUCACCCUGGGAGAGGGAGUACGCCUGCCUCUCUGCCCACAGCGGCCCACAUGCUCACCCACUGCGGCGAUCCAGGAGGGAGGCUGCCUUCCGGAGCCCUUACUCCUCCAUGGAGCCCCUCUGCUCACCCAGUGAGUCUGACAGUGACCUGGAGCCCGUGGGUGCAGGAAUUCAGCACCUCCGGAAGCUGUCCCAAGAACUGGAUGAGGCCAUUGAUGCUGAAGACAGUGGCGACAUGACCAUUUCUCUCAUUCGUAACUGAGGACAGUGCUCGUCGGGUAAUCCACUGCCCAAGCAUGACUUCGUCAUCCCUAUCUUCCUCGUCCUGCUCCUCUUCUCUUC